AUGGAAGCCCUCGAAAACUUACCUCCGAUAGCCAGGCUAAGUGAUCGCGUCGUUCGAGUACUCGGUCAAAAUCCAGGGAAAUUUACCCUCCAAGGGACAAAUACCUACAUCGUAGGCUCGCGUAAUCCCUACACGCUUAUCGACACUGGAGAAGGCAAGGAAGAGUACAUUCCCUUCCUCGCGAGCGCACUCAAGGAGCACGCCCCGCCGUCUGACCCUCAGCAACCGGAUAUUUCUGAUAUCAUCAUAUCACACCGGCAUGGUGACCACAUAGGCGGACUACCGUCUGUCCUGGCAUUGUUACGUCAGUCGCUACCGCCUGGGUCAUUCGAACCAAACAGAGGUGGUUCCGCUUUGCAUGAUCUAGUAGACGGUCAGACCCUGGAGAUCGGUUCUUCGACUUCACUCCGUGUCCUCCAUACUCCCGGGCAUACCGUUGACUCCAUUUGCUUGCACUUUCCGGAAGAUAAUGCCGUGUUUACUGCCGAUACCGUACUCGGCCAGGGCACCGCUGUCUUCGAAGACCUCUCGACCUAUAUCUCCAGUCUCCAAAGUUUGGCUGCCUACAAAGACAAGGAACCCGGUAAAAGAGACUAUGCCUUGUUGUACCCUGGGCACGGCCCCGUCGUCAAAGAAGGGCUGAAGACAAUAUCGACAUAUAUUCAACAUCGUCUGGAGCGGGAGUCUCAGAUCGUGCAAGUUCUGCAAUCCCCUGCGCCGGAUAAUGCGGAGGUUUGGACGCCUUGGACGAUAGUUUCCAAGAUUUAUGCUGCCUACCCGGAGAGCUUGUGGCUCCCUGCGUCCCACGGGGUGAUCUUACACCUGCGCAAGUUGGAGAAAGAUGGGAAGGUCAGGUUCCUCGGCGGCGAGGGCAAGGACGGGAGGUGGCAAUUGAGUACAAGCUGAUCCUGAUUCUGACACUUGGUUAAUCUUGUGUUCUUCGAGGCUUCCACAGCUUACACUGCUAAUUCGAUUCAAUUCAAGGGCAGAAUCUCGGGUGUCUCGAGCGAAGUAUGUAGAGAAUGUAAUGCUAGAGUGUAUGUUAAGAAGGUGUUGGGUACAUCGUGGACGCAUGAACCUUCGAUGUUGUCGGAAGGAAAGUC